CCAUAUUUGGUUUGGCGACUGCCGUCCUGCCCACACUUGAAUAGCAUGCAAGACGACAGUCAGUCUCGUGACAAACCCCAGCCAACCCAGCAGGACAAGACCUGCAGGAUAUGCUUCGACGGAGAGGAUCCAACACUGGGUAGACUCAUCAAACCCUGCCUCUGUACUGGUUCCAUAAGCUAUGUCCACGUCAAGUGCCUGCAGAGAUGGAGAACACAGUCCUCAGGGGAUAACGCGUUCUAUCGUUGUCCGCAAUGCAGGUUCCACUACCGCUUCGCCCGCACCGAGGUUGUGGGGCUGGCAACAAAUCCGCUGGCAAUCGGCAUUCUUUCAUCCCUUUUAUUCACCAUACUGGUUAUGUGCUCAUCAUUCAUCACCACAUACUUUCUGAGCUACAUUGAGGAACAGCCAACCUUCGGGUCCACCUACUUUUUCAUAUCCCCAAUCGACGUUGGUCAGGACCUGAUGCGUGCGGCCAUUCGUAUACUACGUGACCAGGGUAUUUUGACCACUGAGGACUAUCCCGUACCCUUGAAUUCGAGGGUCACCUUACGCGCGCCAGAAACCCCUGGUCUACUCAAACGUUUCAUUCGCAGAUUUGUCUUGGGUCUGCCCAUGAUAGGAGCAGGGUCCUUGAUCCACAUGUUGUUCUCUAUGCCCGUUCUCGCUCCUUUGCAAUGGGUUGCAAGAUGGAGAGGUAACAGAAGCAGAAGAGGAAGCAGUAGAGACAUGGCAGCUGCUAUCAUCGUGGCAUUCAUCGUGAUCGGAGCUUUAAGAGCAUUGUACAAGGUAUAUUGUUUGACAAGGAAAAUGACAGAACGCCUUCUGCUUUACGCAGAGAAUGUCAUCCUGGAAGUAAAUUGAAGUGUUGCCGCAUUCCUGACUCGAGUCAGGUUGAAGUGGGAUAUAAGCUCAGGGACUUCCACU